AUGGAGGACCUAACUCCGUCGUUGAGCGAUUAUGGGAGCCUCUUCGGCGAAGACACAGACUUUUACAACCGCAUUGUGUUGGCCAACCUUUUGCCGCGGUGCGUGUGGGCCCCACUCCCGCGGUUCCUCCAGACGUGGCUCCGGAACUACCUUGGUGGCGUCCUUCUCUACUUCAUCUCCGGCUUCUUGUGGUGCUUCUACAUUUACUAUUGGAAACGCAACGUUUAUGUCCCCAAAGAUGCUAUUCCCUCUCGAAGAGCCAUGCUGUUGCAAAUAUAUGUUGCUAUGAAAGCCAUGCCUUGGUACACUUUGCUUCCAACUGUUUCAGAGUACCUAGUAGAAACUGGCUGGACAAAGUGCUAUCCUAGAUUAUAUAAUGUUGGUUGGCUUACAUACCUUGUGUAUUUAGCUAUUUAUCUAGUUGUUGUAGAGUUUGGUAUUUAUUGGAUGCACAGAGAGCUGCAUGACAUUAAACCUCUUUACAAACAUCUUCAUGCUACGCAUCACAUCUACAAUAAACAGAACACUCUCUCCCCUUUUGCUGGUUUGGCAUUUCACCCUCUUGAUGGAAUUCUUCAGGCAUUACCACAUACCCUUUCUUUGUUUUUUCUCCCAAUCCAUUUUACUACACAUUUAGUGCUCAUUUUCCUUGAGGGUGUUUGGACUGCAAAUAUUCAUGACUGCAUUCAUGGAAAGUUGUGGCCUGUUAUGGGUGCUGGUUACCACACCAUUCACCACACUACAUACCGGCACAACUAUGGCCAUUAUACCAUAUGGAUGGAUUGGAUGUUUGGGACUCUUCGUGACCCUGAGGAAGACGAAGGCAAGGUGAAGUGA